AUGGCCGCUAAACUCAUUCUCUUCGUCUGCGCCAUCGCCCUCGUGGCCCAGUCUGUUUUGGGCACCGGUUGCGGCUGCGGCUGUAGAGGUUGUGGCUGCGGUUGUGGAGGUUGUGGCUCUGGAUGUUGUGACCGUUUCUGUGUCCGUUCCAACUCUGCUGCUCCUACUGGUCUAAGUAUAUGUUCCGAGAACAGGUACAAUGGUGAUGUCUGUGUCUGCGGUGAAGUGCCUUUCCUUGGUACUGCCGAUGUCUGCGGCGACAUGUGCAGCUCGGGUUGUGGUUGUAUCGACUACGGCUGCGGAGACGAUUGCAUCGGUAUCACCCAAAGCUGUGGCGGAUGCGGAUGUGGCUGCGGAGGCUGCGGUGGAUGUGGAUGUGGGUGUGGAGGCUGCGGUGGAUGCGGAUGCGGCUGUGGAGGUUGUGGAGGAUGCAGAUGCGGCUGUGGAGGCUGCGGUUGCUGCUGA